CGACUUUUGAACUAAUAUAGAUGGGCUCAUAGACGCGUUCCAUCUCGAUUUUUCAUCAAACAUCAACAUUAUUUGCUUCCUAUAUUUUAAACUAACGCCCAAGGGCAUUCGUUUCUGCAUUCUAAAAUUAAGCGAAAUCAACGAACUUAACGUAUUUUUAGAGUGAUACGAUUAGCAUUAUUUUCUGUAGUUUAGAAUGAAUUGAAUGUAAUGUUAAUAUAAUAUAAAUGGGUUAAGUUAAUAAAAAUAUGGGGUAUUAUUUAGACGAAUCUAAAUUUAUUUUUUAGGGAUAAUAAUUAUAUAUAUCCUACAACAUCCAAGUUUAGAAUGUAGGAUUAUGAUGAAUGUUAAUAGAUUUGACGACGACUCAUUUCAUAUUCCUAUAUCUGCACCAAUGUAAUUUGGAGGAUAGCCUAAUUAUAUCUGCGUUUGAAAUAACUUUUGGAAAAGUUCUCACAUCCUAAUUAUUAGUUUGUACGGAGAGUUGGGUUCUGUGUGCAUUCUGUGUGUAAACCUUCUACAUUUUAAUAAGUUGUCAUGUAUUUUAUAAUGUAAGAGUUUUUGCAUGUUGUAAUUUCUGAUAAGUUGUUUCCGAGUUAACGCAGUAACAUUUAUUUGUAAUAUUAAUUUAGUAUUAUUUUAAUUAGUUUCUGUCGUUAGCAGAUUUCAGGAAGUUUUCAAGUGAAAACUUGAAGUUGUAUUGAUUAUAUUUUCUCUCUUAGAAUUGGCCAGCACAAUUGUCUUUAGUAAUGCAAUUACUUUUUUAAUAUACAAAAGUUAUUCUUUAAGUGCUUAAAAGUUUGAUUGCUAUCAUAUUGUUUGGGCUUAUAUUUAGCGUGGCCUUAUCGAACAUGUAUAAAAUGUCAUUUAUUCUGGAUGUUUCGUAAGAAUAGGCAUAGUUGGAAGGGUAAAGGAAUUUCAAUUGUGUCUUGUUGGGAUACAGAAAAAAAUAACAAAUUGUUGAAUAAUUCAUUGAGUGAAUCAUGCAAUAGAAUAGAGAAUGUUUAAUAUCUUGAGUGUCAAAUUGUUUCAGUGACUAAACUGUGAAACUUUUUAUCCACAUAUGUAGUGUUCAUAAGGACACUGAGGUUGCUACAUUAUUGCUCAUCUCUGUUAAAUUUCAUUAAGAAUUUCCAGUACAUAAAAGUCACUAGCUCCCGUAGUAUGUGCACCAAGAUGGCGCACAACCUGAUAACCCUAACAUGGUACACAUACUAUGCUCAGGUUGUGCACCAUCUUAGUGCACAUACUACGGGAGCACCAAAAUUUCAGAUGAUUACUAGUGAUCAAUCCGAAGCAAGCACAGAAAAAGUUAAAUGUCCACAGUCAAAGACUGGUGGCACAAGUUCUUCCACUAAAGCUAAGGAGCUGGAGGCACCUGAAAAAUUAGAAAAAGUUCAAAUUGAAAAAAAGGUGAAAGAAAAUAUAUUAAAUAUGAAUCCGGAUGAGAGUCAAUCGCCGUAUCUUGACAUCAUUGAACACCCAAAAGCGAGAGGGUUCAGAUUUCGUUAUUCUUGUGAGGGAACAUCUCAAGGUGGCAUACCCGGGGCUAGCAGUGAUAAAAACAGGAAAACAUAUCCUGCAGUUCAGAUAAGAAAUCACUCAGGAUAUGCAAGAAUCGUUGUUCAGCUUGUCACAAAUGAAAUGAAACCACGACUUCACCCACAUUCACUUGUGGGAAAACAAUGCCAGAAUGGCAUCUGUACUGUUCAGUGUGGUCCCAAGGACCUGACUGCCACAUUUCCCAAUCUUACAAUACAACAUGUCACAAGGAAAAAUGCGGCAAAAAUUCUCGAAGAAAGAUACUUGGCUUCAGAAAUGCAGCUUUCGUCUUUCAAUGAAGGAUUGACUGCGCACAUCCUAAAUGCUAUUAAGGAUGAAGACAAAAAACGCAUAAAAUCUAGAGCAGCUACAGAGGCGGAGUCCAUUGAUCUCUCAGUCGUGAGACUAAUGUUCAUUGCUUACCUGCCUGAUAUCAAUGGAGCUUUUACUUUGAUGUUGACACCGGUCAUUUCUGAUGCCAUUUUUGACAGCAAGUCACCAGAUGCAGCGACAUUGAAAAUUUGUCGUAUGGAUAAAACAUGUGGUUCGGCAAGCGGAAUGGAUGUGAUUUACUUGUUAUGUGAUAAGGUCCAGAAAGAUGAUAUUCAAGUUCGCUUCUUUGAGGAAAAUGAAUAUGGAAAUGAUGAUAACUGGGAUGCUUAUGGUGAUUUCUCGCCUACUGAUGUACACAGGCAGUUUGCGAUUGUAUUUCAAACACCAAGAUAUAAGGAUGUGGGCAUACACAAGCCUGUUCAGGUUCAGGUUGAACUUAGACGCAGAUCAGAUGGCGAAGUAUCAGAACCACGUACAUUUACCUACAUGCCUGUUAAAGAUGACAUCAAACUAGAUCCUGAACAGAUAAUGAAAAAACGUAAACUCAGCACACAUUCUGAAGACCAUAUUGUAGGCAGUCAAACAUAUGGUGAAGCAUCAGAACCAUGUACAUUCACCUACAUGCCUGUUGUUCAAGAUGACAUCAAACUAGAUCCUGAACAGAUAAUGAAAAAACGUAAACUCAGCACAUAUUCUGAGGACCAACGUUUUAGGGAAGAAGAUACCGCGCUCAUUGAUUCUGCUGCAUGCUGUGGAAAACUGAAGAUUUCGAUCAAUAAAAAAAUGGAGAUGGUCAACUUAUGGCUAAAAAGCAGUCAAACAAAUGAUUACGCUGAACAUGCAGCUAUGAGCACUUCUCGCCAGUCUGGUGAAUUCAUAUUUCAGAGCAGUGGAAACAACACUGGUGGUGGUGGAAAGCAAACUAAACGUUUUGGCCCUCCUCCUAGACAAGCCAAUCCACAAAAAGGACCACUUGACCCUUCAUGGUUGUUAAAACAAAUGCACACCAUGAAACAGGAGCCUGCUAGCCCGCCAAUGACAAGUGGUGGAAUGGUGAUGAAUAACGAAAUCUCCACCCAGGAAUCAUUAUAUGACUCACAAGCUAUGGUGCCUUCCACACAAGGCCAUGAUGAUGUAAAUGAAGUUGUCGCACCACAAAUUUCAGAGUCAAAUUUUAUCCCUGGAACACGUGUCCCUUUACCACGGACAUUAACUUAUAAUACCCAAGCACAGCCCCAGUUUCCACAACAACAGAUUAAACUUGAAAUGGGCAUGAAAUCAAAAAUGUCAACAACGCAGGAAGAGAUCUGACUCAAUAUAUUUCAUGAAAAAAGCAUGUGAUCCAAAAUGUAUCUGCGACUACUCAUCUGUGAUCCUAGAUCUGGGAAAGUGAUAUCUUCAGGAGAAGCUGAUUAUAAUCAUACAGAAACAAGAAUUAUCUAUGAAGAAAAACAAAAAGUUUUUCACAACUGAGGAGUUGUUGGUUUGAGAUAUCAUUGUAGAGAAGCCGAGAUAACAUACUGAAGAUUUUGGGUCGGUAAUUGGUGUCAGAACCAAGUUAAUUUUAUGACUGACCAUCAUUGGCAAAUGAUUAAAUUUUUAAAUGAAGAUUUUCUUAAUUCGGACCAAUUUUGUUACACAAGAAGCAAUGCCCUAAACGACUUUUCAUGUUUGUUGUUCAUUCUCAGCUUUGUUCGUAUACCAAGAAAAACAACAGCAGCUAGAUAUUAUUACUGGGAUUCGCAAUUCAGCAAAAUUAUUUACAACUUUACAAGUAAGCUUUGCCCGUGAAUUUUAUUUUCUCGUAUUCAUGUGUGCUGUAAAUUACAGCACUGCUGUUUAUGAAUUUGUUCUUUUUAGUUAAAUUGCCGUGAUGUGUUUUACAUUUGUGUGAGUGUAGGUGAAUGUGUACAAACGGUUACAGCAUUCGCUCUAAACUUUUCCAUAGAUUUUGCCCCUUUACCCAAUUUUUCCGUCAUCAAUGUUUGCGUUCUUUUUUUUUCUUUUUUUUAUUCAUGGUCUGUGUUGUACACGAGAGAUCGAAAUAAAAUUGUUUUGUAAUCAUUUCCUCAAAAUAGUUUUUUAAUAUUUCCCCUUUUGAGUUAAAAAGCUUUUGGUAUGUCUUUAUUACUAAAAAACACUUUAUCUUGUUCUUGGAUAAUAGAAAUAGGAUAGUUACUAAAUCACUAUUGCUAUCAACGUUUGGUUAAGUAAAUAGGUAUCCAAUGUUUGCGAAAAUUUUCCAUU